UCCUGCCGUUUUAAUGGGACAGAGGUGGCAGCGUGGAGGAAUGUGGUCAUUCAGCACAAGGGGGGCAAACCUCUCCUCCAAACUGCCUCAACCACACACUUCACGUCGCCUCCUCACCUGCAGAGGAGGAAGGAAAGAGGAGGAAGGAAAGAAGAAGAGGAGGAAGGAGGAGUCCGGAUGAGGGUGUGGAGGAUAAAAGCGCAGGUGAAGAGGGAAGCUGCUGAGUCGUGAUUAGGAACUCAACAUGGCGAACUGGAUAAUCAACAAUGGACUCACAGCCUUCAUACUGGUGGUCUGGAUGGCCAUCAACAUCUUCAUUUUCGUCUGGUUUUACCUGUUCUAUGCCUUGAGGGAAGAGUUUUUCUACACGCGUCAUAUUUUGGGGCACGCCUUGGCCUGGGCCAGAGCUCCUGCAGCCGUCCUCAACUUCAACUGCUUGCUGAUCCUCCUGCCGGUGUGCAGGAACCUGCUGUCGCUCCUCCGAGGAUCGUUUGUGUGUUGCGGCAGAACAAUGAGGAAACAACUGGAUAAAAAUCUGAGUUUCCACAAGCUGGUGGCGUACAUGAUCGCUCUGAUGACGGCCGUGCACUUGAUUGCUCAUCUGUUCAACGUGGAGAGGUACAACGACAACAGACGGAAUACGGACGAUGAGCUCGGCAUGGCUCUGGCCAAACUGGAAGACUCGCAUAACACCACCUACCUGAACCCCAUCCGCAACAUAGACACUGAUGCGCAGCAGACCCCGACAUACUUUCUCUUCACCAGCAUCGCUGGCAUCACGGGGGUCAUCAUCACGCUGGCCCUCAUCCUCAUUAUCACCUCCUCCAUGGAGGUCAUCAGACGCAGCUACUUCGAAGUCUUCUGGUACACCCACCAUCUCUUCGUCAUCUUCUUCGCUGGUCUCGUGAUUCACGGAAUCGGAUACAUUGUGAGGAAGCAAAGCAAUACCGAACAGCCGUUCAACACCACCUUCUGUCAAACUCGAAGCAGCGAUUGGGGUCGGAUUCAAGAGUGUCCCGUCCCUCAGUUUUCAGGAGGGCCGGCACAGACGUGGUGGUGGGUGAUCAGUCCAAUGAUCCUGUACCUCUGUGAGCGCGUGCUGCGUUUCAUUCGUUACAUGCAGGCAGUCACAUACAGGAAGAUUGUGAUGCAUCCGUCCAAGGUGCUGGAGCUGCAGCUGAUGAAGAACGGUUUCAAAAUGGAUGUGGGCCAGUACAUCUUCCUCAACUGCCCGGCCAUCUCCCAGCUGGAGUGGCACCCGUUCACCAUGACCUCCGCCCCCGAGGAGGACUUCUUUACCGUCCACAUCCGCUCGGCCGGAAACUGGACCGACAAACUUAUUGACAUCAUGCAGAAUCUCCCGGAGGGCGCACAGGGACCCAAAAUGGGCGUGGACGGCCCCUUCGGCACCGCCAGCGAGGACGUUUUCGACUACGAGGUCAGCAUGCUGGUGGGGGCCGGCAUCGGAGUCACUCCCUUCGCCUCCAUCCUCAAGUCCAUCUGGUACAAGUUUAAAAUCUCCAACCCUACACUGCGCACCAGAAAGAUCUACUUCUAUUGGAUCUGCCGGGAAACGCACGCCUUCGAAUGGUUUGCCGACCUCCUGCAGGUGCUGGAGAGAGAGAUGGAGGAGCGAGGGAUGGCGGAUUUCCUCACCUACAAACUCUAUCUGACCGGGUGGGACCAAGGCCACGCCAAUCAUGCCUGGAUUCACUCUGACGAGGACACCGACGUGGUCACUGGGCUCAAACAGAAAACUCACUACGGCAGACCGGCCUGGGACAAGGAGUUCGAACAAGUCCGCAAAGAAAACCCCACGUCUGUGGUGGGAACCUUCUUGUGUGGUCCUUCAGUUCUAGCAACCGUCUUGUCAAAGAAAUGUGCCAAAUACUCAGAUGUGGAUCCCCGGAAGACCAAAUUUUACUUCAACAAGGAGAAUUUCUGAGUGGAAAAUACAAUCAAGGAAACAACAUUUGGCCAUUUUAAAGGACAAGUUUCUUUAUUAUUGUGAGAAAAUAAAUGACAAAGCUUCCCGGACACCUGGGCCAGAUGGGUGUGUUGGACACGCUGACAGAGGUGUGUGUGUUGUUCACCUGCACUACUCGGGGACUGACUCUUUCCUUUAUGAUGAAACCAGGAGUUUCCACUGUGAGUCAGUUUAUACAGUCAGAUAUUCUCAUUGUAUCAACAACAAUGUUGAUCGUGCGUUUGUCUGGUGAAGCCUGAGACUCGAUAGAUUAGAUUAUAUAUGUUACUGUGACAAGACACCUCAAAUGUUUAGUCUCUGUAGUAUCCUUGUGAAUGCUAAAUUAAUCAGGUGUUUUCUUUUCCUCUAAAGGGUUCAUAUUGUAAUGUACUAUAUAGUUGCUCUACAACCAACAAUCUUCCAUGUGAAUGUCAGAAAAGUCUAAUGGCAAAUUGUUGAUUAAUGUUGUGGACAGUUUUAGCUCAAUCAGCAUCUUUCCUAAUUUUUCACUACAGUAUUCACCUGUAAAUGUUCUCGAACUGUAUCACUUUUCUGAAACUACUUAAGAAAACCGGUUUCUUGGAAAUUGUUUUAUAUGUAAAAUGACGCUGGCGUUUCCUUAUUGUAAUAAGACGACCAGACUUCCUGUCACGUAGCCUGAGUUUAAUCAUUGUCUAAGGCGUGGCAAGACUUCAGUACUUUCAUUUUCUUGCAUACAAUUCCAAAUUGAUUUGAAAUAAAUGAAUAUAACAAAAGUA